AUGAUAUGCUUAGUUUCCACCAUCGGCUUCUGUAUCUUUGCCGUGUCUGGCCAAUGCCUUGGCAAUCAGCAAUCCUUGCUGCUCCAAUUGAAGAAUAGCCUUGUAUUUGAUGGUGCUUCAUCCACAAAACUAGUGCACUGGAAUCAAAGUGUCGAUUGCUGUCCAUGGGAAGGUGUAAGCUGCAAUGAGGGACAUGUUAUCGGUCUCGACCUGACCAAUGAAUCCAUCUCUGGUAGACUUGAUAAUUCAAGCAGCCUCUUUGGCCUUCAAUAUCUUCAGCACCUGGGUUUGGCUUCUAACAACUUUUCUUCCGAGAUUCCAUCCCAAUUUGACAAGCUCAUGAACUUGAGGUGUUUCAACAUAUCAAAUGCUUGCUUUAAGGGGCAGAUUCCAAUUGCGAUUUCGCACUUGACAAGAUUUCAAAAUUUGACAUCCUUGAUUCUCUCUUCAUGUGGGUUGAAUGGAACUUUUCCAGAAAAGAUCUUCCAGAUUCCAACACUAGAAAAGCUUGACAUAUCAAGUAAUGGCCUACUUCAAGGUUCAUUGCCAGAAUUUCCAUGGAAUGGAUCUCUUCGAAAGCUGAUGCUUCAUGUCACAAACUUUUCAGGAACAUUGCCAAAAUCUAUUGUUCUCAACUUUUCGUUCAAUCAAUUGGUGGGACAAAUUCCAUUGAUCAAGCAAUUUGCUACAUUCUCAGAAACUUCCUAUGAAGGGAACAUAGGAUUAUUUGGUUUACCUUUAAAAGAAAAAUGUACAUGUGAAAAGGCAGGAUUGUCACCUCCAACAUCUGAAGAAACUCAUUCGAAUUUUGGGAAUGCAAUUGAUUGGAACUUCUUGAGUGCUGAAUUGGGAUUUGUUUUUGGCUUUGGGAUUGUUAUUGGGACUAUUAUGUUUUGGAAGAGAACUGAUGUAGCGCAUUGGCAUCGCUUGUCUCGGAUCUUGAGGCUUUACGAACAAGCGUCUGGCCAAAAAUUGAACGUGAAUAAAACGGCUAUCUUUUUUAGUCGGAAUACAUCGGCCGCAGACCGGGAUGCUAUCUUGGCAAUCGCCGCUAUACCGGCAACUCAGAGUUACGACACUUAUCUAGGACUUCCAGCUUUGGUUGGAAAGUCACGGCAGAAGGAGUUCAAGUCCAUCAUUGAUCGGAUUGAAAAACGGUUGAAUGAUUGGAAAUUAAAAUUUCUGUCGCAGGCUGGGAAAGAGAUUCUCUUGAAGGCGGUGGUGCAAGCAAUUCCGACGUACAGUAUGAGCGAUCUGGGCUGGUGGGACUCAACACUACUUGAAAGUCUAUUCAGCAAGGAGGAAGUUGUAGCUAUUCAAUCCAUUCCGCUUAGCAAUACGCAUCAAGAAGAUGUACUGAUUUGGAGGGGCACGGCAAAUGGCAUGUUUUCAGUAAAAAGUGCAUACCAUUUGGCCACAGAAGUAGAGGAUAGAAAAAAAGCUAGUAGCUCCAUGGGUCUGCACAGGAGUAAUGUCUGGAAACGGAUCUGGAAACUUAAAAUACCUAGUGUGGAGAAGAACUUUAUAUGGCGCGCCUGUCAAGAUAUUUUACCCACUCGGGACAACCUUUUGUGA